AUGCCCAUAUUAAAGGAGACAUGGGACAGUUUGGAGCGGAACCUGGAUCACAUCCAACCCGACAAGAGUAUUGAAACUGAAAAGUGCUUCAAUCACAAAAUGCACUGUGUGAGCAUGUCUUCCAUGCAGCAGGCGCAGGGUUUGACCGAGGAGGCAAUUUGCCCCAUUUGCCUCGAUUUCUUCACCGAGUCGGUAAUCCUGGAGUGUGGGCGCAAUUUCUGCCGCGCCUGCAUCGCCCGGGGUUGGAGAAGCGGGAAGGUGUACACCUGCCCGGAGUGCAGAGGGAAGUCUAAGAAGAAAAACCUCCGGGCUAACGGGGCCUUGGCGAAUCUAGCCGAGAAAGCUCGGAACCUGGAGUUCAAUCCGAAAGAGACGCCAAGUAAACUUCACUGUGAGAAACAUCAGGAACAACUGAAGCUGUUUUGUGUAACCGACAAGAAAUUGAUCUGCUCCAUUUGUAGAGAUUCGCGGGAACACUAUUCUCACGAGUUUCUGCCGAUGGACGAUGCUGGGGACAUGUGCAAAGAAGAACUGAAAAUAUCCUUAAAUUCAGCCACACAGAGAUGGGCCUCGGCGCUUGACACCAAGCAGCGACAGAAGCAAUUGAUUUCCGAAGUUAGAGAACAGUCAAGCAGUCUGCAGACCCACAUCACAUCCGAGUUCACUAAAAUGCAUCAGAUUCUCACGGAGAAAGAACAGCGUUUACUCAGAGAUCUCAGGGAAGAAGAGGAGAAAAUUCUGAAAAGGAUGGAGAAAAACCUCAGUGUAAUCCAAGAGCAAGUUCUGAUGAUCCUUUUCCACAUCACUCCACAAAUCUGUGUCUCUGUUUCAUUUCAAGAGGAAGUUUCCGAACCCAAGAGUUGCACAAUCACUCCAAAUUUCACCAGGCUUCCUUUUAUGCCACUGUCGAGGCAGAAUUAUUAUGGAUAUUCCAAGCUCCGGCCCAGUGACCAUUUUGCAGCAGCUCCAGCCUCUCUGGCUCUGGAUCUGAACACAGCGAAUCCCUGGCUCAGCCUGUCUGAGGACCGGACCAGUGUGAGACUCGGAGACAAAUGGCAGCGGCUCCCUGACACCCCGGAGAGGUUUGAUCGCUCUCCCUGUAACCUGGGAUCGGAGGGAUACACAUCAGGGAGACAGUACUGGGUUGUGGAGAUGUGGGACAAUGCUGAUUGGGGUUUGGGAGUGGUCCGAGAGUCUGCCGAGAAGAAAGGGGACAUUGACCCGAACCCUGAGAUUGGAUACUGGAUAGUGGGGCUGGGAAGUGAACAUGGUUAUUUUGCCCUCACCUCCCCCUCAUGGACCCUCCUCACCCCAAAGGUGGAUCCCCGGAAGAUUGGAUUUUCCUGGACUAUGAGGGUGGACAGGUGUCAUUUUACAAUGCGGACAACAAGUCCCAUCCCCACACUUUCAUUGAGAGAAUCUUUCUCUUCUUCAACCUGGGAUGGUUGUAUGGCAAGAAAACCUCGAAAGUUCCCAAACCCCUCAGGUUCAAAUGUCACUAACAGUGAAAGCUCUGUUUGCAUCAUGCGUCCCCUGGUGGCAGAAUAA